GGGAAGCGGAUGGCUCGCGUCGAGCUCAGGUGCUUCUGGGGGACUCUGGGAACUGGUCUGCAACCCCGCCCCUCCUCCUCCAUAGCAGGGGAUGCAGCUUGAGCUUCUCUGUGGAUGUGUGGACCUCCAGUAGGGAUGAAAAUCCCACCUGGAGAUUAUUUUUUGGGGGGGAAAUGAAGGACAGUUGUGAGCAGGAUCUCCAGGGGAACAUCCCGACCCUCGAGUACAAAUGCUAAUUGACAACCAGGAGGGGGCGUGACAGCCACCUCAGACAUAAAAAGGAAGAUCAUCACGAGCGGGAGGAGAAGAUCCCCCCCAGCACCGUUGUUCUCGCCCACCUGUGUGGAUUAAGCGGCGGACGGCAUGGCGCACGCCGCCUCGCAGCUGAAGAAGAAGGCAGAUGAGAACCUUGUGGCGGCCGAAGAAGAGCGGGAGAAGGAGCGCAAGCGGGCCAGAAAGCGGACGCGCGGCGACGUCAAGAAAAAGACGGACGUGAACGCUUGUUACCUACGAGCAGCUCGCGCCGGAAACUUGGAAAAGGCUUUGGAUUACUUGAAGAAUGGCGUGGACAUAAACAUUUGUAAUCAGAAUGGCCUCAACGCACUGCAUCUGGCCUCCAAGGAGGGCCAUGUUGAGGUGGUGGCCGAGCUCCUCCAACAGGGCGCCAAGGUGGAUGCUGCAACCAAGAAAGGCAACACUGCGCUGCACAUUGCGUCUCUGGCCGGCCAGAUGGAAGUGGUGAAGGAGCUCGUCACGCACAGCGCGAACAUCAACGCGCAGUCGCAGAAUGGCUUCACGCCCCUGUACAUGGCGGCGCAGGAGAAUCACCUGGACGUGGUGCACUUCCUGCUGGACAACGGCUCAAGUCAGAGCAUUGCCACAGAGGAUGGAUUCACGCCGCUGGCGGUGGCACUGCAGCAGGGCCACGACCAGGUGGUGUCACUACUCCUAGAGAACGACACCAAGGGCAAGGUGCGCCUCCCUGCGUUGCACAUCGCCGCCAGGAAGGACGACACCAAGGCCGCCGCCCUCCUCCUGCAGAGCGACCACAACGCCGACGUGGAGUCUAAGAGCGGCUUCACGCCUCUCCACAUCGCCGCUCACUACGGCAACAUCAACGUAGCCACGCUGCUGCUCAACAGAGGCGCCGCUGUCGACUUCAAGGCACGGAAUGACAUCACUCCGCUGCACGUGGCCUCCAAGCGCGGGAACGGCAACAUGGUGCGCCUCCUGGUGGAGCGAGGAGCCACGAUAGACACACGGACCAAGGAUGGUUUGACGCCGCUGCACUGCGGAGCCCGUAGCGGCCACGAGCAGGUGGUGGAGAUGUUGCUCAGCAGAGGCGCUCCCAUUCUCUCCAAAACAAAGAACGGUCUGUCUCCGCUCCACAUGGCAACGCAAGGCGACCACCUCAACUGCGUGCAGCUACUGCUGCACCACGAUGCGCCAGUGGACGACGUGACCAACGACUACUUGACGGCACUGCACGUCGCCGCCCACUGUGGUCACUACAAGGUGGCAAAGGUCAUCGUGGACAAAAAGGCCAACCCCAACGCCAAGGCCCUGAAUGGUUUCACGCCGCUGCACAUCGCCUGCAAGAAGAACAGAGUCAAGGUGAUGGAGCUCCUGCUGAAGCACGGCGCCUCCAUACAGGCCGUCACAGAGUCCGGCCUGACUCCCAUCCACGUCGCGGCGUUCAUGGGGCACGAAAACAUCGUCCACCAGCUCAUCAACCACGGCGCCUCGCCCAACACCAGCAAUGUGAGAGGGGAGACUGCCCUUCACAUGGCUGCAAGGGCGGGACAAUCCAACGUGGUGCGAUAUUUGGUCCAGAACGGCGCACAAGUCGAUGCCAAGGCCAAGGACGAACAGACCCCACUGCACAUCGCCAGUCGUCUGGGCAAGCAGGACAUCGUCCAACAGCUGCUCGCCAACGGGGCAUCGCCCGACACCACCACCAGCUCCGGGUACACGCCCCUCCACCUGGCCGCCCGGGAGGGACACCGAGAGGUGGCGACGGCGCUGAUGGACCAGGGAGCCAGUCUGAGCAUCACUACCAAGAAGGGUUUCACUCCACUGCACGUGGCGGCAAAGUACGGCAAGCUGGAGGUGACCAACCUUCUGCUGCAGAAAAACGCCGCACCUGAUGCCGCUGGCAAGAGUGGACUAACUCCACUGCAUGUGGCUGCGCACUACGAUAACCAGAAGGUGGCACUACUUUUACUCAAGCAUGGAGCCUCACCGCAUGCCGCCGCAAAGAAUGGUUACACGCCGCUGCACAUCGCAUCCAAGAAGAACCAGAUUGAGAUCGCCACCACGUUGCUGGAGUAUGGUGCGUCCGCCAACGGCGUGACGAGGCAGGGCAUCACCCCGUUGCAUCUGGCUGCGCAGGAGGGCAACGUGGACGUGGUAACGCUUCUGCUGGCGCGGGACGCUCCGGUCAACACGGGCAACAAGUAUGGCUUGACUCCGCUCCACCUGGCUGCCCAGGAGGAUAAAGUCAACGUGGCUGAGGUUUUGGUCAACCACGGAGCCACCAUAGACCCCGAGACCAAGUUGGGUUACACUCCCCUCCACGUGGCCUGUCACUAUGGCAACGUGAAGAUGGUCCACUUCCUGCUCAAAAACCAGGCCAAGGUCAACACCAAGACCAAGAACGGUUACACUCCUCUUCAUCAGGCUGCACAGCAAGGACAUACACACAUUAUCAAUCUGCUGCUGCAUCAUGGGGCGUCACCCAACGAGCUUACCACGAAUGGGAACAGCGCUCUGUCCAUUGCCAGGAGGCUGGGCUACAUCUCUGUGGUGGACACGCUCAAGGUGGUCACUGAAGAGACGCUGACCAUGCAGACGGUCACAGAGAAGCACAAGAUGAACGUUCCGGAGACCAUGAACGAGGUGCUGGACAUGUCGGAUGAUGACGCCUGUAAGGCCAGUGCUCCCGAAAUGAUCACAGAGGACUAUUUGUCCGAUGUUGAUGAAGGCGACGACGCCAUGACAGGGGACACGGACAAGUACCUGGCGCCCCAGGACCUGAGGGAACUGGGUGACGACUCACUGCCGCAGGAGGGCUACAUGGGCUUUAGCGUGGGCGCGCGCUCGCAGAGCCUGCGUUCCUUCAGUUCUGACAGGUCCAACACACUCAACCGCAGCUCCUUCACACGGGACAGCAUGAUGAUUGAAGAGAUGCUGGCGCCCAGCAAGGAUAUGCACUUGGCAGUUGCCAAAGAUUGUAACAACGACUCACUGAGGAGGUACAGCUGGACACCAGACGCCAUGGACAACGUCAAUCUCGUUUCUUCGCCACUCCACUCUGGGUUCCUGGUGAGCUUUAUGGUGGACGCCCGAGGCGGAUCUAUGCGGGGCAGCCGCCACAACGGCAUGCGCAUCGUCAUCCCGCCCAGGAAGUGCACGGCGCCCACGCGCAUCACGUGCCGCCUGGUCAAGCGGCACAAGCUGGCGUCGCCGCCCCCCAUGGUGGAGGGCGAGGGCCUAGCCAGCCGGCUGGUGGAGGUGGGCCCGGCCGGAGCGCACUUCCUGGGGCCCGUGAUAGUGGAGAUCCCCCACUUUGGCUCCAUGCGGGGGCAGGAGCGAGAACUGAUCCUCCUGCGGAGCGAGAACGGUGAAACCUGGAAGGAGCACCUAUACGACUGCAAGGCCGAGGACCUCCGUCAGCUCCUCAACGGCAUGGAUGAAGAACUGGACUGUGCAGAGGAGCUGCAGAGGAAGAGGAUCUGCCGCAUCAUCACCAAAGACUUCCCUCAGUACUUUGCUGUGGUGUCUCGCAUUAGGCAGGAAACGCAUCAGAUGGGACCUGAGGGCGGGACUCUGUGUAGCCGGAGCGUCCCGUUGGUUCAGGCCUCUUUCCCAGAGGGAGCGCUCACAAAAAAGAUUAAGGUUGGCCUUCAGGCCCAGCCAGUACCUGACGAGACCGUGAAAAAGAUCCUCGGCAACCGUGCGACCUUCAGCCCGAUUGUGACGGUGGAGCCCAGACGGAGGAAGUUCCACAAGCCCAUCACCAUGACGAUUCCAGUCCCGCCGCUCUCGGGCGAGGGACUUUCUAACGGCUACAGAGGAGACUGCACCCCCUGCCUACGCCUUCUCUGCAGCAUUACAGGUGGUACGUCACCGGCACAGUGGGAAGACAUCACAGGCACCACUCCCCUCACCUUCGUCAACGACUGUGUGUCUUUCACAACCAACGUUUCAGCACGUUUCUGGCUGGCCGACUGCCACCAGAUCCCAGAGACGGUUGGCUUGGCGUCGCAGCUGUACAGGGAGCUGAUCUGUGUGCCCUACAUGGCCAAAUUUGUGGUGUUCGCCAAGAUGAAUGAUCCGGUGGAGUCCCGGCUGAGGUGUUUCUGUAUGACGGACGACAAAGUGGACAAGACCCUGGAACAGCAGGAAAACUUCGAGGAGGUGGCCAGGAGCAAAGACAUCGAGGUCCUGGAGGGCCGGCCCAUUUACGUGGAUUGCUACGGCAACUUGGCGCCUCUGACCAAAAGCGGUCAGCAGUUAGUUCUCAACUUCUACGCCUUCAAGGAAAACCGCUUGCCCUUCUGUGUUAAGGUGCGAGACCCUAGUCAGGAGCCAUGCGGCCGCCUUAGCUUCCUCAAAGAGUGCAAGAGCACAAAAGGCCUGCCCCAAACGGCUGUAUGCAACCUGAACAUCACGCUGCCCGCUGCCAGAAAGACUGAAAAGCCCGAGCGACGUCAUACCUUUGCAUCGCUAGCCUUACGUAAGCGCUACAGCUAUCUGGCCGAGCCUGCACUGAGCCCUCAGAGUCCCUGCGAGAGGACAGACCUCCGCAUGGCCAUAGUUGCCGACCAUCUGGGACUCAGCUGGACUGAGCUGGCCCGGGAGCUGGACUUCUCCGUGGAGGAGAUCGACUCUAUCCGGUUGGAGAACCCGAACUCCCUGACGGCGCAGAGCUUCAUGCUACUAAAGAAAUGGGUGCACAGGGACAGUAAAAACGCCACAACGGACACUUUAACGGCGGUGCUGACUAAGAUCAAUCGGUUGGAUAUUGUGACUUUGCUGGAAGGGCCCAUAUUUGACUACGGUAACAUUUCAGGCACUCGCUGCUUUGCCGAUGAUAACGCAGUAAUCCCGGAUCAGUCCGAUGGAUACCACCAAGUAGACGCGGAGCUGCAAACCCCCACUGUACUCCACUGCGCUCCCCCCACCCUGCUGCAUUCCGAUGACUUUUUGCGUGACGGCGAAGCCGGCGGUGGUGUAGUAGAGCCCCCUAGCAGGCCUAGUGAGCUCCCCCUGGUUCGCGAACCACCCCUGGUGCGCAUGGAGGACACCAGCGAGUCGCCCGACAAUGACAGGAGGGCGGCCAAGCGGCGGGCCAUGUUCGAGGGCGCUUACGCACCCUACGAGAGGCAGGGAGGGUGCCACGAAGAGGAGGAGGAUGAGGAAGAAAUGACCCAGGAGAGGCUGCAGAGUCUCCUGGAGGACAUCAAGCUGGAGGAGGAAGGCCUGGAGGACGAGGAGAUGACGGAGGAGAAGGUGCAUGCCAUCCUGGAGCAAGUGCGGCAGGCAGAAAAAGACUUGUGUUCGCUUCCAGGCUGGAGAGGAGGUGACGCAGAGACGGUGGAGCUCGGACCCGCCUCCGAGGAGGGCAGUCCUGAUAGUCUGGCCGAUUCACUGGAACAACCACCGGCUCGGAGCAGCAAAAAAGAAGAAGAGGAGCAAGGCGGCGAUCGGUCAGCUCGCAGAGUCCAGUGGGCACAAAAUGUCCAGUGUGAGCGUGUCUUUGAUGAUGAUGAGGAGGAGGAAGAGGUGGAGGAGGAAGAGUCCAGCUCCGAGGAGGAGACCACCGUGACCACCAGGGUUUUUCGCAGGCGGGUUAUACUGAAGGGAGAGGAGGCCCGCAACGUUCCCGGAGAGUCCGUGACGGAGGAGCAGUUCACUGACAGCGACGGCAAUCUGGUCACCCGAAAAGUGAUCAGAAAGGUGGUGCGGCGCGUGGUGGGUUCGGCGCGGAAGGAAGCGGUCGCCGAGGAAGGGGGCGCCGCUGUCGCCGUAGCGCCGAGCGGUGGCGCAGGAGGGGGGAAGGGCAAGAGGCGGGGCAAGCGCUCCCGGCAGGGCCACAAGCCGGGAAAUGGGAGCAACAAACAGGGAAGGAAGAGUCACUCGUAACGGCAGCAACUCCUGACGCACACCUGUUGCCGGUCCGCUGCCCGUGAUGUGACCACACACACAUCCACCACACUCGAGCUGGGAGGGAAAAAGGACCAACGGGCAGCGUCCGGUCACAUACAACAAUGGCACGUUUUGUUUUUU